GUGUGUUUCCCAUCAGUGACGGAACAACAGAUGACUGUUACCGGUGUUUGCUGCACAGCCUUAUUUCCUAACGACACAGCGGAGAGGACGGAGCCCUGAACGCACCAGGACUUUAAAUCAGAGCACAAACUCUUCAUCUAUUCUAUCUACUGUGGCACAGAUAGGAUGGAAAACUGUGGUCUGCUUACACCUGAAAGAGAACAAGUUCCUCUAAAGAGCAUCGAGGUGGAGCUGCAGGUGAGGGACCAUGUAGCUACAGUGGUUUCCACUCUGAACUAUGAGAACAAGGAGGACAAACCAGUAGAAGCUGUUUUUGUCUUCCCUCUGCCUGGAGAUGCAGCUGUGUGUCAUUCCAGUGCAAAGGUUGGACAGACACAUAUUGUAGCUGAAGUGAAGGAGAAACAGCAGGCUCGAGAGGAGUAUGAUGAUGCUUUGAGCUCUGGUCUACAGACCUUCCUGUUGGAGGAGAGUGAUCAGAGUCCAGAUAUAUUCUCUCUGAGUGUGGGCAGACUUCCUCCAGGAGAGAGCGCCUCCAUCAGGCUGGAGUAUGUCACUGAGCUAACUGUGCAGGCUGAUGAUGGGCUGAGGUUCUGUCUGCCUGCUGUCCUCAAUCCUCGUUACCAACCUCAGGGUAGUGAAGACGUCAGUGUCCAGAUGACCUCAGUUCCAGCCUCUCUGGUUCCCUACAGUCUGUCCUUUUCUGCCAGAGUCUCCUCUCCUCGUCCAGUCUCUAAAGUAGAGUCCAGCUGUUCCCUGGAGCCUCUUCAGUACCUCAACACUGCUCAGACACAGGCCGUGGUUAAGUUGGCUGCAGGACAUAAAUUUAACAGAGACAUUGAACUUCUAAUUUAUUACAAAGAUGCCCACCAGCCCACUGCUGUGGUGGAGGCAGGACAGGCCUCUGCAGAGCCUGGUACUCUGAUGGGUGAUCCAGUGGUGAUGGUUAGUUUGUACCCUGAGCUCCCCCAGCCUGUGAUGUCUUCAUUCACCUCAUGUGGAGAGUUUGUGUUUCUACUGGACCGAUCGGAAAGUAUGAAACAUCCUAUAGGUGACAGCAGUAAACAGAGUCGCAUCAGCUGUGCCAGGGAUACGCUGCUCCUCCUGCUGAAGAGCUUAACCAUGGACUGCUAUUUCAACAUUUACAGCUUUGGAGACACUUAUGAGCAUAUUUUCCCUGAGAGUUUAAAGUACAGCCAGAAGACCAUGAAACAUGCUCUGAAAAAAGUUGCACAGAUGGAUGCUAAUCUGGGAGGAACAGAGAUACUGGAGCCACUCCAACAUAUUUACAGACAACGCUACAUUCCCAAACAGCCUCGUCAACUGUUUGUCUUCACUGAUGCUGAGGUGUGGAACACUAAAGAAAUUCUAGAUCUGGUGAAGAAAAACUCAGACUCACACAGGUGUUUCUCUUUUGGGAUUGGUCAAGGAGCCAGCUCAGCCCUCAUUAGUGGGAUGGCCCUGGAGGGAGGCGGUCAUGCUCAGUUCAUCACAGGGACUGACAGGAUGCAGCCAAAAGUGAUGCAGUCACUGAAAUUAGCUUUACAGCCUGCUGUGGAAGACAUAUCGGUCACAUGGGCGUUACCAAAGGGAGUGUCAGCCAGUGUCCUCUCUCCACCAAUCAAAGGGUUUUUCCAAGGACAUCGGUCAUUGAUUUAUGCCCAGCUCACUGGACAAGGUUCAGAGGCAGAAGAGGGAUAUGUGAUGGUGAAGUACAGCAUUGCGGGUCAUCCCUGUCAGGAAAAACAGCUCUUCAGUCUCCAGCCUGCCAGGAACUCUGGGCCAGAAACAGAUUCGUAUCAGCCAGAGGAGGUGCCGUGCUCUGGAUUAACCAUCCACAGGUUGGCUGCACGCACUCUGAUUCGCUCCCUGGAGUUGGAGGACAGGGAAGACAAAGCAGAGCCUGAUGAAGAAGUAAAAAAGAAAGUGGUGGAGCUCAGUGUCCAAUCAGGAGUGAGCAGUGCCUUAACCGCCUUCAUCGCUGUCAACCAAAGCAGCGGUGAGGUGAUACAUGGACCGCUGGUCCGCAGAGACCUUCUAAACGCCAGUUUAUGUGAAGACCUUUUGCUUCGUGGUUCGCUGUUUGAUUACUGUCUCAAAGACUCAUACAGUAACAACAGCUGGACAUCUGUAAAGAAGAAACUAAUAUCAGCUUUCAGAAAAACUGGCUUUAGCUUUAAAAAACGUCAGACCAACUCACCUCAGAGCAAAGACACUGGCUUUGCGAAGGAGCCACUGCUGCAGCUUGUUUCCCUGCAGGAGGCCUCUGGCUGCUGGAGGCUUGAUCCAGAUCUGGCCGCUGCUCUGGGGAAAACCAAAGUAGAGGUGGAAAAAAACAAGCCUGAAUCGGCCACCAAGGAAGUGUGGGCCACCCUUCUGGCUCUAAUCUGGCUUCAUGGUUUUAAGGUGAAUACAAAGGAGGAAUGGGAGCUUCUGGCUUUGAAGGCUGUGUCAUGGCUCCGUGUUCAGAGAGGAGCAUGCAUGAGCGAGUGUGUAGAAGCUGGAAAUGCAUUGCUGGGUUGUUGUGUGCAGAAAGAUGCUCUUGGAUUCUAGGGUUCUCACUGAAGUGACCUCUGCUUCACGAUUUGUGCAUAGAUGCUUUACCCCACUUUUGUAUUACACUUCACCAUCACUUCUAUACUUCAUCCAUAAACUUCUCCUGUUUUUUAAAUAUUGCUUUAUAUUUAUAACAUAUUUAUUCAAAUUUUAACCUGAAUAAAUAUUUCAUAUGACUAUAUCAACAUUUCAUGUCUCUCCUCUGUUAACAAACCUAAAACUGAAUGUAAGAUUAGUAGUUAAAUGAACUUUUUCACUGAAGUGCGGCUUUGUGGUUGUCACAUGUCCUGCGAGCUUUUUGUGUAAAGAUUGACUGCACUGAUAAGCAGGCAACUUGUUCUUUUUUUAACUUAUCUUUCUUUUAAUCAUUUUAAUGUAAUUUAUUAUUUUAUUGUGAUUAUGUGUUGAUGCCUUUUACUAUUUCUAAAUAUCUG